GAGGAAAAAAAAAAAAAAAAAAGUUAAAGUAAAAAUGGCUUCCUUGUCUUCAGAGUCCACAGAACAAUCAGAAAGCAGCCCAGAGGAGCCCAAAAAAGAGAAAGACUCCGUCCAGGUUUCGGAACAGCUGCUCCAAAGCUUCCAAAAGUCGGCUCUGAGUUUUUCCACGGACCAGGUUUCGUGUCUCUGCGAGGCCCUUCUGCAGGCGGGCAAUGUGGAUCGCCUGUGGAGAUUUCUCUCCACCGUACCUCCUUCGUCCGAGCUGCUACGUGGCAACGAGACCCUGCUGAAGGCCCAGGCUCUGGUGGCCUUCCACCGGGACGAGUUCAAGGAGCUCUACGCCAUCCUGGAGAGCCACGACUUCCACCCGUCCAACCACGGCUUCCUGCAGGACCUGUACCUCAGAGCCCGCUACAAGGAGGCGGAGAGGUCCCGGGGCCGCAGCCUGGGCGCCGUGGACAAGUACCGGCUCAGGAAGAAGUUCCCCCUGCCCAAAACCAUCUGGGACGGCGAGGAGACCGUGUACUGCUUCAAGGAGAAGUCGCGCAAUGCGCUCAAAGAGUGCUACAAGAGCAACAGGUACCCGACCCCGGACGAGAAGAAAAACCUGGCCAAAGUCACCGGACUGUCCCUGACCCAGGUCAGCAACUGGUUCAAGAACCGCAGGCAGAGGGACAGGACCCCGUCCGGGACCCUCAGCAAAAGUGAGUCUGAUGGAAACCACAGCACUGAGGACGAGGCGAGCGUAAUGGACGAUGCACCUGACAAACCGGAGGAUGCUGCCACCUCCGCAGCGCCCAUCAUCUCCGUCUCUGCCGUCCCUUGCAGCACAGGAGGUCAACUCAUCCUGAACGGGUCCAGUAGCUUCCUCACAGCCUCCCAGCCUUUACUCCUCAAUGGGAACUCGCUCAUCUCCGGUGCAGGUGCAGGCGUAAUAAUCAAUGGUCUGAACUUGGGCGACUGUCGUACAGUCACCCUGAGUCCCGUUGCCACCAACUCUCCUCUUAUCCUGAACGGGGCUCAGGUAUUAACCAAACCUGGGGUAAGUGGGCAGCUGCCGCAGCAGCAAACAGCUGGAGCUGAACAGGAAGUCUCAGUUGUGGCGGGCAAAGUUCUGAGCACCAACAACAUGCCAGUCCCUCAAACUAUCAUUUCUCCACCUCUGCAAGUCAAACCAGAAAACCACAAUGAAAUGGAUUUCAUUAUUGUUCCUAAAUCAGAGGGCAGCAGCGAAGCAGUACCGCCGUCAUCUUCAUCUUUAUCCUCCUCACCAACUCUGUCCUCUCCGACCAGUCUUACAUCCAUAGUUUUGGCACAAACCCCCCAGCACCAAGCGUUCAUAACCCCCCCAGCUUCCUUGUCAUCUGCAGGCAAGGUUUUUUCUACUUCUGCAGUGACAUUGUCUGGUCAACACACCAGUUGCGUGGUCAGCGUCACCUCUGGUUGCCAGUUAAACUCCCCCAGCUCUGUGAUUUCCUGCAGUGGCUCCGCCCCUCAGGCCAUCUCUUUGCCUCAGGUUGUGCCUUCCAUUCAGGGUGCACCAGUAUCCCAUCUGGUCCAGCAACCUUCAGGAGCCCAAGUGUCUCAGUGCCCUCAGCUGGUCCCGGUAUCUCCCCUCCCCUCACUGGCUCCUCAUUUCCAACCCGCCCAGACUCUGAACACUAGCAACGGACCGCCACAACCUCAGCUAGGUGCCUCUACAAGCUCAUGUCAAGGUGCCACCACUAUUGUUUCUAUCUCACAGCUCACCAGUAACAGCCUCAAUCAGCAGAUGAUGCACCAGCUGGGAGAGCAAACCUCGAGUCCCCCGCCGAGCAAAAUCCAGGCUGUUUCUGUAUCUUCUGCAACACAGGUGGUGCCAGCCCCUCAGGCCAAAGGCAACAUGGCAGCACACCCGCUCUCACUGCCUCAACUGGUCCCAGUUUCCUCCAACCAAACCCCUUCCAACAUCUCUUUCCCACAAGUGGUCCCCGCUAGCUCGUCUCUCUCCAUCCCCGCCGCCGGGAUGCCCUUACAGAUCCUGACUUCAGCUCCAGCUGCAGGAGGGGUUGCGCCAAGCCCACUCAGAAUAAACCAGCUGAGGCCCAUUCAGAGUGUGGGCACCUCAACCAGCAUGGCCCCCCCAGUGCAGCUGCUAAACCCAGGAAUCAUUCAGCUUCCCUCUGCUCCUCCAGGUAACCUCGUUCUCAGUGGAAGCCCCUACCUGAGUGUCCAGCAAGGCAAGCUGAUUCUCACCAUCCCAGCAGGCAUUCAGCUCACCAGUUUGCCCCUGAAACCAGUCCUAGAUGCUCCGCCCAUCCCUGCAAGUGGAGUGACUUCAGUUCUCAACCCCUCCACGCCUCUGGUGUCCUCCCAGCUUCCAACCACCACUUCCAGCAGCCUGACGUCUCCUCUGAAUUUCAUCAACUCAUCUCUGUAUUGUGCUCCGGAGUCCGCGAUCGCCGGCAGCCACGCUCCUGCCGUCUCUCACUCUUUCGAUCAGUCGGUCAUCUCCACAACUCCGAGCGCACUCACUCCAGAGAGCAUGCUCGCGCUCAGUCCUGUCUACAGCGGCGUGGGACCAAACAUCCAGCUGUCCCAACCGGCGUGGAGCCCCGUGCCCCUCUCGACGUCCACAAGUCUAACUCUGUUUGACGUCCGAGGGAAGGGGGAGCUGCACGUAGAUCCUGCUCUGUUAGCCCUGCCAGGGGGGGAGUCCCUCCUCCUGGGAAGCCCCUCUCCGAGCCAGGACGAGGAGGCGAGCUCACCUCUGGGAAACCCAGAGGAGAUGGACGCAGACCCUAAGAUCCUCACUCAGCUCCAGUCUGUCCCUGUGGAUGAUGAUCUGGGCCUUUAG